CUUUGACUAGUUGAUGUUUAGCAUGAUUAGUGCUUGCAUGUUGAUUUAUGUUAAAUUGUCCCGAACGUAUGAGAUAGAAUUGAAUGCAUAUGAUUAAUCCAUGUCUUGUUUACAAGUGUUUGGAGUAACAAUUGUCUCACUUGUGUUAAUUUAAAUUCAACUUUAUUUUUCAUUAUUUUCAGAAAACAAACUUCAAACAAAAAUAUUCAUCUUUACUGUUAUUUUUAUUUAUUUGGAGUUAAACGAACUUACCUUCCAUGUGGAUCGACACCUUAAAUUACUACACACAAAGCUGUACUCUUGCAGUGAAGUGGUAAUAUUAGGGAUAAUUUUGUGAACUUAAGUGCAUAUCUAUUCUGAUUUAAAAAGACCUAAAAUUACACAUCAGAUACUCCCUUGCCGCACAAAACACAACUAAUUUAGCUAGCUACUUAUUCAUAAUUUCAUCAAUUUUUAUUAAUCAUGGCACCAAUUACGGUUGAUCAAGAAAUCAGCUGCUCACUCCCACCACAAAAAUUGUUUAAAGCUUUUGUGGUUGAUGCAGACAAACUCAUGCCCAAAGUUAUACCCAAUUUCUUUAAAAGCUUUGAAACUAUAGAGGGAGAUGGAGGAGUUGGGAGUGUCACGCUUGUUACUUUUGCAGAAGGAAGUGAUAUGAAGCCGGCAAAGCACAAGAUUGUAGAAUUGGACGAGGAAAAUCAUGUGUUCAAGUACAAUUUGAUCGAAGGUGGUAUUUUAGGAGAAGAUCUCGAAUCAGUAUCCUAUAUUUUAAAAUUCGAUAAGGGUGGUGAUGGUGGUUGUGUCAUCAAGAUUGCCUCAACAUGCCACCCCAAAAAGGAUGACCACGACCAUGGCAUAAAAGAGAUCAUCGAGAAAGGCAAAGAGACAAACUCAAAAGUCUUGCUAAGACACGAUCCCUACCGGAGAUCGUAUUAUGGUUCAGUUUCUCAUAGACUGUGCAUUGCACUGUUUACAGUACACUGAAUGAAUUUUCACUUUAUCAGUCUGAAAGUAUAAAAGACGGUCUGUCUUGACAAUGUGGAGACACAAAGGGGAUUUGUUCGUGUUGAUGAGCGCAUGAGAGUGAUUGAUGCAGAUGGAAACCUGCUGAUAUACAGACCUGACACCGGUGAAAUUCUUGGCGUUCACAUUUUCGGGAUGCACGCUGCAGACCUCAUACACGAAGCAUCUAAUGCUAUUGCACUAGGAACCAGAGUCCAGGACAUAAAGUUUGCCGUUCAUGCACACCCAACUUUAUCCCAAGAGCUAUAUAAAUCAGCAAAGCCCAACCACGAUAAUCAAAGUGGGAAAUAACGAGUGGAUCAUCAUAAAGAUUUCGAGCAAGAGUGGACUUACCUAUGCCACCCAUCCCAGUAAUAGGGAUGA